AUGACGCCAGAACGACAAUUGACAAUUGACAAAAAAUACAAAAUCGUUAAGAUGAAGGACAAAGGCAUGACUCGAAAAACCAUAGCAAAAAAGUACGGUAUUUCACUAUCUACCGUGAACAAUAUAUAUGUACAAAGCGAAGAGAUUAAAAAACAAUUCGAAGGCAACAUAGAGGUUAUUAGAAGUCCCAGAAAAUAUAUAUCGUGGCGAGAGAUAACGGAUUUAGAAAGAGUUCUUUACCAGUGGUUCAUACGAUGUAGGGGAAAAGAGAUAAAAAUAAAAGGGGCAGAUAUACAGAGAAAAGCUGUGGAACUUAAUAAAAAAUUAAACGUAUAUCCUCAUUUUGACGCCAGUACACGUUGGUUGCAAAACUUUACCGUACGUUAUGAUAUUACUGAUGCCGAUAUCUGUAGAAAUUUUCCAGCCCCAAAUGAAGCAGGGAAUAUCUUCAAAACUGAAUUUAAAAAACAUCUGCAAGACGAGGAGUGCACAUUGGAGAAUGUUUACAAUGUCGUUUACGCACCAAUAAUGUGGAAAGCAGUACCGGAAGAAAUUUUGACUUUUCACCGUGGGAAAUCGACAAGAAACCAAAAAAUGUGCGAAGAUCAUGUUACUGCACUUUUUUGUGCAAAUGCUACCGGAUGUCACAAGUUGCCGGUACUAAUAAUCGGCAGUAUUGCGGAAACUCAAAGUUUAUACAAUUUCAAUACAGAUGCCUUCUCAACUAUCUACACAUCAAACAGCAAUGCUUGGAUGGACAGUACCAUCUUUAAUGAAUGGUUCAAAAAACAUUUCUUAAAAUCAAUUAAAGAAAGACAAGAGAAGAACGGACGCAGGGAGAAAACGGUCUUGCUACUAGAUAAUGCUAGAUCGCUUCACGAUCUCAAGGAUCUAAAUAAAAAAGACAACUUCGUUACAGUUAUGAGUCUUCCAUCUAACGUAUCACAACAUAUACAACCAAUGAAUUCUGGAAUAAUCGCAUGUUUCAAGCGAAAGUACAGAAAAGAAUUGGUGGAAACAUUAAUGCCAUUAUCUAUAUGCAAUACGGAGAAAGAACUGAUAAACAUCCAUAAAGAAUUAAACAUGUGGGAUUGCUGCCGCAUUGUACAUGAUGCUUGGUCAUAUGUCGACGAUGCAAUAAUGAAAAAUGCGUGGGACAAGCUUUUGAAGUUUGACGUUAUACGUAAUGUGGACGCAAAAAAAAGGAAAAGUGACAUAUUUGAAACAGUUAAAUUGCUACAUAACUUACCUGGAUGCAAACAGUACAAUAAAUACGAUGUGUCAAAUUGGUUUGAAAUUGAUAACAUACAUGAUAAAGUCAUGACGAUAUGUACCGACGAAGCUCUUCAAGAUUUUGGAAACAAUACUCUGGAUCAACUAAACAUAAGUAUUGUCGACGAUGAAGGUGGGCCUUACUAUUCAUAG